UGUGGGUAGUGGUAUCUGCAGCACUUCCUGGGGGAUAGGUACCCCGGUGUGGGGAGUGGUAUCUGCGGCACUUCCUGGGGGCCAGUUACACCGGUGUGGGGAGUGGUAUCUGCAGCACUUCCUGGGGGCCAGUUACCCCACUGUGGGGAGUGGUAUCUGCGGCACUUUCAGGGGCGGGCAGUUAGCCCAAGGCCUGGCAUGCAGCAUGGGGUGUCAGGACCUGUCUGGGGUGCAUAGGAGACGCUCCUCAGUGUAUGAUCCCUGGGAAUUACACCUGCGGGGCACAGGAGAGACCCACUAGGGCCAAUUUCCAGAGUUACUUUUUGCUGGGGGCAUAGAGAUCAGCUGGGGCCAAUUUCUGAAAGUUGUAAUAGGACGGGUUCACGCUCACUGAAGGUGGAUUGUGGGGAUAACCUGUGGCCAGGGGUACGGGGUGUGUGAUAUACUCCUCUCUCGGUUACUUGCCCCCGGCCUCCUCUAUCAACUGAUGACACCUUAAUCUCCCUUUCCGCCUCCUCGCCCUUGUGUCCGGCUGCCUCUCCGCCUCUCCACUUGGAUGAUUGGACAACAGACCCUCCAACAUGACCCAUUCCAUCAGGUAUCUUGUGGAGCAGAGAGACGUGGAACUGAAUGUGCGUGACAAGUGGGACAGUACGCCCUUAUAUUAUGCCUGUCUGUGUGGACACGAGGAACUUGUGCGGUACCUUUUAUCCAAUGGUGCUAGGUGUGAAGUGAACACGUUUGAUGGCGAGCGCUGUUUAUAUGGCGCACUGAGCGACACUAUCCGCAGAGUGCUGAAGGAAUACAAGCAGAUCACGGCUAAGUGCAUGCAGAGAGAUUACUAUGACGACUUCCUGCAGAGGCUCCUGGAGCAGGGCUCCUACAGCGACACCACAUUCCUUGUCCACGGGGAGUCCUUCUGCGCCCACCGCUGUGUCCUCAGCGCUCGCAGCCCAUACUUUGCCGAAAUGUUUGAGACCAAGUGGAAGGGGAAAAAAAUGAUUGCUCUGAAGCACCCGCUGAUAAACCCAGCUGCCUUCGGCUCCAUUCUUCAGUACCUAUACACAGGUCGCCUGGACAUCAACGUUGAACAUGUGGAGGACUGUAAGCGAUUGGCCAAGCAGUGUCGCCUGCAGGAUCUCAUUGAAGAGCUGGAGGAGAAGUGUAAAAAGGUCUAUGAAUUUGUUUCUUCCAAGCCUGGGACUUGUGUGAAGGUUCUGACUGUGGAACCCUCUGGGAAUGGGUGCCUGCGUGAGGAUCUGGCGAUUUUAGCUGACUGCGCUCUGCCAUCUGAGCUGAGGGUGGGGUUUGGGGAGCUUCCCUUUGACAGCACUGAUAACUUCUGCAGUUACCCCGAUGUUUGUUUCCGGAUAACGGGUUACAAUUUUCUGUGUCACAAGUCUUUCUUCUGUGGCCGAAGUGACUACUUUAAAGCCCUGCUUCAGGACCACUUCUGUGAGAGCCAGGAGCUGCAGACGCAGCCCAGCAUCCCCGUGAUCACCCUGCACAACAUCACCGCCGAGACCUUCACGCGCGUCCUGUACUACAUAUACAGCGACGACACCGAGGCAUUUAGGGGUCCUUGUUUAGAAGAAAAGAAAAGCAGGAAAAGGCGUAAGCUGUCUCCGGAGAAUGCCUACGAGGUGCUUUGCCUGGCGGACAUGUACCUGCUGCUGGGGCUGAAGCGCCUGUGUGGGAAGAUCCUGGCGCAGAUGCUGGAUGAGGACAGCGUGAUCGGAAUCUGGAACAUAGCCAAGCUUUUCCAGCUGACGCGUCUGGAGGAUCAGUGCACGGAGUACAUGGCUAGGAUCAUCGAGAAGCUGGUUGAUUCGGAGGAGUUUGCUGCCGCAAUACAGGAUGAUGCGGCAGCCGUUGAAGAGCGCCAGGAGACGGACUCCAUCCCACUGAUCGAUGAAAUUCGCUUCCACAUCACCAGCAACGUACAGACGUAUAGCGCCAUUGAGGAGGCCAAUCAGCGGCUUGAGGCUUUAGAGAGGCUACUGGGCAGCUUGGGGCUGGAAUGCUGAGCGUUAUAGAGAUAGAAGUAGGGUGGCCAAUCCCGGGCCAUUGUUUCAAUCCCAGGUAUCGGGAUUGAAAAAUGGUCAAUUCUGGGAUACCCGGGAUUGGCUCUUUUGCUUUGUGUCCGCCCCACACACACAAUUUACCAUACUGUGGGGACGGGGAGGUGGGAAACCAGUGCUCGGCGGUGGGUGACUGGUGGCUCUACUUCGGGUUCAGCGGCGGGUGACGGCCGGUUGACUGCGCAGUGUAACCUCCGACUUCACGUCAUGCUGAGCAGGGCAGCAUUGAGCGUCCUGAGAACGCUCAACGCUGUCCGGCAGUAACAAACCCAAAGGGCUGCCUGAUCCCUCAAUCUCCGGGAUUGGAGCUUCCAAUCCCGGGACUGAAUCAUGGCCGAUUUUUUGGCCUAGAUCCCAGGAUUGGCCACCCUAGAUAAGAAGAGAAGAUGUGUGAAAUCUUGCAGAGAGAUAAACUACCAACCAAUCAGAUCCUAACUGUUGUUUUUCAAGCACAGCCUGUAACAUGGCAGUUAGGAGAAUAUUGGCUGAUACUUUAUCUCUCUCCAAGGUAUAACACUUCUACCCCGUAAUGUUUUACAGAUGACAGGACUGGGCUGGGGAAAGCCGGGCAGUAUCUUUGAAAUGCUAUUUUCUACGGACUUUUUCCAACUCUGGUCAUUUGUACCAAGCGUGACUCCUAUUUACCAUAAAUAUUAGUUACAGAGCUCACCCUCUACGAUCAUUUAUCUUGUUUCAUUCCUCAUUCUUCGUAUUAAAGCAUCUGCUUUCCCUAA